AUGCCUCGCUCUCGACCCCCGACGACAGGCUACGAGCGCCUCGCUCAAGCCGAUGCGCUCUCCUCCGAUUCCGAAGACGACGACCCUCUUACCCAGUCGUAUGCCUCCCUCCAGCCGGCCUCGGCCCCUCGCUUCGCACCCAUCACGCAACCGCGGCCCCGUUCGGGUAUGACGACCCCCAAACCAGCGAUAGCCGGCCCUUCCAGACCUAAGAAUCGCCGUCGCGGCGGCAGCAAUUCCGGUGUCGACAUAAAAGCCAUCAAUGCUCGAUUAGAACGAUGGGCCGAUGAGAUCGCCAGCCGGUUCAAGCGCACAAAGGGGCGCGGCAAGACGGGAGACGAUGAACAUUUAGAGAUCCAUCAUUCAGUAUUCCAAGCUCCCGAGGGUGUCCGACCCAUUACGCCUGAAGGUCUGGCUGCGCCGCAAGAUGUCAUGUCCAAGUCGCAGUUCGAACAGAUCGUGGGCAGUGUCAGGCAGGCCAUCCUUCAGGGCACGCAUCCUCGAAUGAUUGCACAGGGGAGUUCCGGCAGCUAUUUUGCCCGGAAUACGGAGGGCAAGGUCGUGGGCGUCUUCAAGCCCAAGGACGAGGAGCCGUACGCAGCUGGCAAUCCCAAGUGGAACAAAUGGAUCCAUCGGAACCUGUUUCCUUGUUGCUUUGGGCGAGCAUGUCUGAUUCCCAACCUUUCAUACGUCAGCGAAGCGGCGGCAUACACGUUAGAUUGCCAACUGCGCACCCACAUGGUGCCUUACACGGAUGUCGUUUGGUUAUCCUCAAAAUCCUUCCACUAUCCGUUCUGGGACCGUCGCAGCUUCUACAGAAAGCAAAAGCCACUUCCAGAAAAGCCCGGGAGCUUUCAGGUCUUCCUGAAAGGUUUCAAAGACGCCAAUGUGUUCCUCAGAGAACACCCAUGGCCCGACCAGUACUGGUCCGGCUUCAGGACCAACGAUCCACAUCGCAAGCGUAGGAGAAGGUGGGCAGACAACUGCCGGCCGAGCAGUGCGGCAGCCUUGGAUGACAUUGAGAGUGACGAUGAAGGCAGCCGGGAACGGUUGCCGCCAGGUCCGGACAACUUUGUGUGGACCGAAGGCUUGAAGCAAUCAUUCCGUGAAGAGCUCGAGAAGCUGGUCAUUCUGGACUACAUGAUGCGCAACACUGAUCGCGGCCUGGACAACUGGAUGAUCAAAGUGGACUGGAGCACACAGCAAGUAUCGAUCGUGUCGGAACCACUUCAAAUGAACACAGACACAGCUUCAUCGGAAGAGAGCGGGCCUCGCCCAGUAGACUUGAACCAGCGACCAGCAGCAGAAAACCGCUCCUCAUACCCUUACAGGACGCAACAGCCGAUGGAGGCGUCCAGUCCCAAUCCAAGCGCACAAGAUCCUAAGAUAACGAUUGGUGCCAUCGACAACUCACUCUCCUGGCCCUGGAAACACCCCGAUGCAUGGCGAAGUUUCCCAUUUGGCUGGCUGUUCCUUCCCGUUGAUCUGAUUGGACGGCCGUUCUCGCAAAAGACGCGAGAUCACUUCCUCCCCCUCCUGACCUCAACGCACUGGUGGAGCCAGACACAAUUGGCGUUGCGAAAAGUGUUCCAACUGGAUCCCGAUUUUCAGGAAAAGAUGUUUGCUCGGCAGAUCGCGGUCAUGAAGGGCCAGGCGUGGAACGUGGUAGAGACGCUCAAGACACCGGAUCACGGUCCUCUAGAGCUCACCCGGCGCGCCAAGGUCUGCGUUUGGGAUGAUCUUGUCGACGUGCCAGUUGCAGUGCCCAUGCGGGUAACGUCCGCUGAGAUGAUGCGCGAGGCAGAGCUCCGACGCUCCAUUGACGAGGGCGACAUUGGCCAGGCAAACACGUCUGCUGCACCUACCCACCGCGUGGACGAGGACCUGCUCGGCUUCGCUAGUCCCCCGGCCGACAUGCCUCAUCCGGGCAGGUUUGAGCUUGCUCUAAGCCCGACGAGCGAGGGAGCCCAAUCACCGGACGAGAUGUCCAUGAGCGGUUCGGGUAUACUGGCGUCAUCUGCACCGCUAGGUAAUAAGGAAGCGGCGUCACAACGGCCCAGGUUCUCGGGACAAUCGCACCGAGAGAGCUACCACGGCACUCGCGCCCUCAACAUGUAUUCUCCCGCUCGUCAGCAGUCCCAACAGCAGCAGCAACGGCGCUACUCUUUCGCGACGGCAGCUGGACGACGCAACAGCGGCAGCAUCGCGCAGCACCUGUAUGGCUCGCGCCGGAGCAUGGAAGAGUAUGACGAAGAAGACGACGUCGAGGAGGGCGACCUGGGCUAUGCGGCCGCCGAGGGCAUGGAGGGCAACCAACGCAAGGUUAUUGUGGAGAGGUUGGAGCCGGUGAAAGCCAGGAACCCGGUUUUCACCUGCUGGUGA